UGGGCGCAUCCAGGUGAUGGCGACCUUAUAUCCGUCCCCGUCCUAGCGCCGCCGCCACCACCACCUCUCGUCAUUUUUCUCGACGUGCGUAUCGUUAACAUUUGCUAUCAAGCGAGCGUCCCUCGCUCCAGUUGUUUUCCUGAUAAUGGAAACACUUGCCAAAGCCAAACAUGCUCUUGCAACCGACUUCACAUGGAGCCGAGGAAGACGGCUUGCUGUGACCGGAUCCCGUGCCCUCCCAGCCGCUGCCGGUGAAUACGUCGCCGGCAAAUUCCCCAUCAUUGGCUGGCUGCCCCGAUAUCGACCGCGUUGGUUAAUCAAUGACGUUGUCGCGGGCCUGACCGUCGGGCUCAUGCUCAUUCCACAGGGUCUGUCGUACGCUCGAAUUGCUACGGUCCCAGUUCAAUACGGGCUUUUGUCAAGUUGGCUGCCAUCUGCCAUCUAUGCCCUGAUGGGGACGACCAAAGACCUAUCCACCGGCCCGACGAGUCUGAUCAGCCUGCUGACGGCCGAGAUUAUUGAAUCUCUCCGCGAGGAAGGGGAGUGGACCGCGCCACAGAUCGCCAGUGCAGUUGCGACUAUGAUGGGAAUCUAUGGCCUAGCGAUAGGGCUCCUGAAGCUCGGGUUCCUGCUCGAGUUCAUAUCGCUCCCAGUCCUCAGCGGCUUCAUAUCGGCCGUGGCCGUCACCAUCAUUCUCAACCAGAUGGAUUCGCUCCUCGGAGAGACCAACGUGGGCGACGGCACGGCAACCCAGAUCCACGACAUCUUUCAGCAGCUGCCGCAAGCCAACGGAUAUGCAUGCGCAGUCGGCUUCACGGGUAUCUUCCUUCUGACGGCUCUUGACCAAGCCGGGAAGCGGUGGGGGAAGAGGAACAAACUCGUCUGGUUCCUCUCCAUGACGCGGGCGUUCAUUGCCCUCGUCAUUUUCACGGGAGUCGGAUACGCCGUCAACAAGCCGCGCGGUAGCCCAGACAACUUUCUAUUUGAUAUUGCACAAGUCGAGUUCAACGACCAAGACAUGAGAUCCCCAGAGGUUCCGAGCGCUCGGCUACUCUCGCGCGUUGCCGGUCAAAGCGUGGCUGUCUUUAUUGGCUCGGCGGUCGAGCACACGGCCAUUGCUCGUAGUUUCGGGGUCCGAAACAACUAUAUGACGGACCAGAGCCAGGAGCUCACCUUCUACGGCAUUACCAACAUCGUGAAUAGUUUCUUCCACGCCGUGGGGGUCGGGGGCGCAAUGUCAAGAACGGCGGUCAACUCUGCUUGUAACGUCAAGUCACCUCUUUCUGGCAUUGUCACGACCGCAGUGGUACUGGUCUGCAUUUUCGAGCUCACAGGGGCACUCUACUGGGUCCCCAAAGCCACUCUCGCCGCAAUCAUCAUCACGGCGUGUUGGCCGCUGAUUUCCCCGCCGUCGGUGUUCUACCGUUACUGGAAGACCUCGCUCGCCGAUUUCGUCUCCUCGAUGAUUGCCUUUUGGGUUUCCCUGUUUGUCUCGACAGAAAUCGGUAUCGCCAGUUCGGUUGGGUUCAAUAUCGUAUACGUCUUGCUCCGCCAGGUCUUCGCGCGGGUGUCGACGAGCCCAGACCCCCGGUCGGAGCUCGCCAUAGCCCUCGACGGCGCCAGCAAUACCACACCGUUUCUCCCCGCAGACACGCGAGUAUUCGAGUUCAACGACUCGGUGUUUUUCCCAAACGCAUAUCGGGCCAAGACCUCCAUCAUAGAGACGUUAAAAACACACCACGCGCCCGCCAUACACAGCGCCGAGAGCCCAGAGGCGGAGAGGGGUUGGUCCGUCACCCGUGAGAGACGUCUCGCAAAGCUUCGUCGGCGUGAGGGCAUCACUGAAACCUCCGCCCUACCGCCGAUUCGCCUUGUCAUCAUCGACUUCCACAGGGUUAAUCACCUUGACGCGACAGCUUGCACCCAUCUAGAGGCGCUCAUGGCGGAGAUCAGGGCGUAUGGAGGCUCGGGGGUUCUGGUCCGUUUCUCUGGCAUGUCACAGUACGUCCAGCAACGUUUUGAGCGUGCGGGGUGGGAUAUUAUCAGUGGUGACGAGGUAGGGGGUCGGCUGGAAGAAGAUCAGGCGGUUAGAUCGUACCGCAACGUCGUGUGCGCGGCGAGUGCUCCUAGGCAAAAUGGGAGCACGAUGCGAACCGAGAGCGAAGAGGAAGAAAAGGCGCGAGGCUUAGUGGUCGCGAGCCACGUUGAGUAAGUCGUAAGCGGACCGCUACAUGGCUUUUUGUCAAGGGGCAGUAACACGGGCUAUUAUCCGUUUAUUGGUCGAUGAGGCGAGGGCAUCCGUUUCGAGGGCAAUGCAGUGCGGGGUGCAAUGCGGGAGGAUGGGAUAACCGGAGGCUUCUCUUUAUCCUUUUAUCGUUUU